AUGGAGCUCGCACGAGCACUCACCAGUCGCAAGAGGAAUAUAUCAGACUCAUCUCGCUUUGAGCCUAAACGGGCUGCAAGCAUGAGGAGGACAGGGACUAUCAAGCGCAGCGAGAUAUCUGCACCACUCCAGCUCCUAUCGACAACUAAUGUCCUCGCCUUCAACGCGCCCAAUAUCUACGGCUCAUCGGACACCGAGUCUGAAGGCUCCAUGACAUUCUCUAAUUCUACGCGCGCCACUACUCCGGACAACGAUCCACCUAGCCCGGUUGAGCCAAACCACUUGUCCUCCUACUUCGCCGACGCCAACCGCUCUGUUUCGCGAAGAUCAAAGGAUUCAAGCGAUUGCGACAGCCCCGCCAUUCCACAGCGAAUGCCAUCACACACCAAGAAAUCUCACCAACUUGCUGCUCGCAAGCGAUCCAUCCAGCAGACCGUUCCGCCUCCUGUUGAAAUCCACAGUACUACUGCUGCACGUAACAGCAUUGAAAUGUUCUCCCACAAGCCUGAAGCCGAUCAUCCAUUCGGGGCUGAGCUGACAAAGGUCAACGAGCUAGCAGAGGAGAUGGGUGCGAGGGACGUCCUCAUCUUGGACGAGGAGGAGCAGUAUCUGAUGAGCAACGGAUUCUGCAAAUUCGGUGCGGAAGACUAUCUCGACGAGAUCAUGGGUCUAUUUGGAUGCAGCUAUAACAACCCCUUCAGCAAAGACUGUCCAGUAUGGAUUUAG